GUUCUCAGCUCUCAAACUGUUUCCAAUGAAGGUUACCUUGGUUAACCUUGGUGUUUUUAGUCCAACCCGAGCACAUGUAUGCUUGCUUUUUCGUUAGGCCUGAAAAGCACUUGUUGAUGCCAUUGUGACCUUCAGUGACACUUACGAAUGACAACAGACGUGUGGCUGUUAUCAAGGAUGCCACAGUCUGGCUGUGAUUUUGAGGGGUGCAUUCGAUUUGCUCAAUUUGAAUUCAGGACAGUGAUCAUUGUGCACUAGUGGUGUUUAAUUGCUUAAGGCGGAGUCUGAGAAUGUUAUAGGUGCAGGUGGGAAAUAUCGCUUCUCAUUCCGCCCUUGAGUUCAAAGAUUGGAGGAAAUACAUAGACACAAGGAAGACCUCCUUCAAUUCUCGUGGGUUGAUCUGAAUGGCAACAAGAGGAUAACUGUAUCAGGACAUGAAUCACUUAUGAGCUCAUUAUGAUAAUCGUUAUUUGGACUAACAAAUCCCAUAAGUCUUGUGAUUCGGUUACCUCUUAAUGUAAUACGAUAUUGGCUUUGAUGAACAAUUUUGCGUUCUUCCCAAAAAGUAAAGAGUUUUUUUGCCCUUGCUUCGAUCUUAAUGAUUUUUAAAUCUUAAUGAAAUCACACACCUUUUCCCCCUAAGAUUGACUUUGGUAAGGGGUUCUGUCUUUCUAAAAUCUGAACUACAAAAGACAAACUAGUUCAAAUUGUUGACUCAGCAAUUUUUUCUUGGUUCGAUCUCAACUUAAAGUUGCACUCCAUUCAUACCUUGUAUGUCAUGUUUGAUGUUCGAAAGAAAAUUUCUAUCUUGAAUUUUUAAUAAACAAAAAAAAAUAACGAGACGUAUGAAAAAUCUUGAACCCCCUGCAUGAUCUCCCUGGAGAGCCAAGACUUAUGGUUUAUGCUGCAUUGCAUCCUGUAAAACAAUGGUGACUGAAGGAAAUGAGAGCUUGAGAGGAGACUUGAAGGAACACAUACCAAGCGUCUCCCCAGACAUGGAUCGAUUGGCCCCAAUGCUGAAAGGCCUUUCCUCAGAAGAGCGAGACCAAAUCAUCCAGGAAGAAAACCAUUCUUCGCCCAAGGCAAUCAACAAUCAAUCCUUGGACGAAGGUAUAUUGACACCAAUCGAAUCAGAAGAUAAAACAUCAACCCUGGCGGACAAUUUGGCUCAGACAGCUCACAAUAAUGAUAGUUUUGAAAGCAUUUCUUUGAGUUCGGCCAAAGUCCCAGAGGCCAAGGAAUCUUGGUCGAGGAGAACUUCUGUGAUUUCAAAUAUUUCCGAGUCAAAUACCAGUUUUCGCGGUGCUUUUGCUCUGAAUAACCUGGGGGUUAUGACUCCUGAUUUGAGCGUGCUUGGACCAGAGGAACAAGAAAAGAUCUUGGAGGUCAUUCGGAAAGACACGGUGCUUCAGCUUUACAUUGAUCUCAAAGUCAGGUAGGGGUGCCACGUACAUGUAUUUAUCUAUAUUUUACUCGAUGUAGACACCGACAGUAAUCAGGGUUAGCUUAUUUUCCAAACCAAUGACGAAUGUCUAAUACAAAUGCACUUUACGAGGAGAUGGGAAUCAGAAUCAUCGCUGAU